UUUGGAGUUUUCUAUAGAAAAAUCCCGUACGCAUUACACAGUGAGUGAAUCUAUAAAAGAAAGAAGAAGCAUUAUUUUGACAAACCCCCCAUUGUACAGAAGGAGAGGUUUUUAAUUUCUAUCAUUUUUAAAUUAUUUAUUAUAAAUUUAAGAAGAUAACAACAAGCCAGUCAGCCAUUCAGUUAGCAAGAAAGAAUGUCGGCUGUAACAUGGGAGAUAGCAUUGUACAUAAUCCUAGCCAUAUUGGCUCACAUACUAGUCUUCUUAUUUGUGACAAGGAAACGGGCCAAGAGUAUUGUUGGAAAACAUGUGGUAGUUACAGGAGGCAGUAAAGGAAUUGGUUUACGUGUGGCCGUGGAAUGUGCUCUGCGCGGGGCCAACGUUACGGUUUUGGCACGAGAUGAGAAAAUGCUAAGUGGUGCUGUUGCACUUAUGGAGGUGAUAAGACAAAGUCCAGAACAAAAAUUCCAAUAUCGCUGUCUCGAUUUGUCGACCAACUAUGAAAAUGUUCAGAAAUGUUUAGAGGAAAUCGAAAAGGAAUUGGGUGAUAUAUACAUGUUGGUUAACUGUGCGGGCUUGGCCAUUUGUGGGGUGUUCGAGGAUGUGUCUGUUGAGGAUGCUAGAAAAUUAAUGGAUGUAAAUUAUUGGGGCUCAUACAAUUGUACCCGCUAUGUUUUGCCUAAAAUGAAACAGGCCAAGGCGGGAAUAAUCGUUAUAACCGCAUCACAAGCUGCUCUGUUUGGCAUUUAUGGUUAUGGACCGUAUGCUGCAUCAAAAUAUGCAUUGCGUGGCAUGGCUGAAACGGUGGCAAUGGAAUGUCGUCAUUUGGGUGUCACCGUGACAUUGGCAUUGCCGGCAGACACAAAUACUCCCGGUUUUGAAAAUGAAAAUAAAACCAAACCCCAAGAAACGAAAUUGAUUUCUGGCGGUGGUGGUUUGGCUGAACCCGAUGCUGUUGCAAAACAAAUUGUUAAUGAUGCUUUGAAAGGCAAUUUCAUUUCCAUACUUGGUUUCGAAUCAUGGCUAUUGACUUUAAUGGGUGGUGCUCUUUUCAAAUGGGAUGGAUUUUUCCAAAAUUUAUUCCAUGCUGUGCUUUUGGGCCCUCUUCGUAUUGUUGGUUAUUUCUUGCACUUGCAUUUCGAAGGGAUUAUCAAAAGUUGUGCUAAAAAGAAGAAGACUGAAUGAAAGUACCUAACGAAUCAGGAUUGAUGUGCUUGUUAUUGUUGUUUACGCACAAUUGAGAGUAAUUGCCUUAGAUCGAGGAUAGUCUACUUAUGACAAGUUCCACAUUCUGUAAUUGUACAUUCAAAUGAAAAUGUAUGCAUUAAAAAAAAAACUUGUUAGAUUUUUAAUCUUUCUAAGUAUUUAUCUAAAAAUUAAUUGAUUCAUUUUUCCAUGUCCACAAACUACGUAGAGUAUUUUUAUAAAAUGCAAGUUAAGUACUUAUAUAUAUUUGUAAUUCCAUUUAUAAUUAACGAAAAAUAAAGGCUUUUUGAUUUCAUAAUUUAUUAAAAAUAACAA